UAUAACCAUGGGAGACUGGAAUUUCCUCGGAGGCAUUUUAGAGGAGGUCCACAUUCAUUCCACCAUUAUUGGAAAGAUUUGGCUAACAAUCCUCUUCAUAUUUCGAAUGCUUGUCCUUGGAGUGGCAACUGAGGAUGUUUGGAACGAUGAACAAUCAGAAUUUAUAUGCAAUACUGAGCAACCUGGUUGUAGAAACGUGUGCUAUGAUGAGGCCUUUCCCAUCUCUCUCAUAAGAUACUGGGUCUUGCAAGUCAUAUUUGUGUCUUCCCCUUCCUUGGUGUACAUGGGUCAUGCUUUAUACAGACUAAGAGCCUUGGAAAAAGAGAGGCAAAAAAAGAAAGCUCAGGUAAGAGUGGAACUUGAAAGCACUGAAUUAGAAAUGACUGAAAAUCGGAAAAGGCUGGAGAGAGAGCUCCGGCAGCUGGAUCAAAGAAAACUAAACAAAGCACCCCUGAGAGGCUCUUUGCUCUGCACUUACGUGAUACAUAUUUUCACAAGAUCUGUAGUGGAAGUCGGUUUUAUGAUUGGGCAGUAUCUUCUUUAUGGCUUUCAUCUAGAUCCCCUUUAUAAAUGUCAGAGAGAUCCAUGUCCAAACACAGUUGACUGCUUUGUAUCUAGACCAACAGAAAAGACAGUGUUCAUAUUAUUCAUGCAAUCAAUAGCGACUGUAUCACUGCUUUUAAAUAUCCUAGAAAUUAUCCAUCUAGGGUUCCGAAAAAUUAAAAUGGGACUAUGCGGGCCGAAUAAAAACAAGGAUGAUCCUGACAAUUUCUACGUAAACAAAUCUAAGAAAUACUCUGUGAUACCACACUCUUCUUUGGGAAUAUCCACCACCCCUCAAAAGACUCUUCCUUCUGCACUUAGUGGUUAUUCCUUUUUAAUGGAAAAGCAAACCGACGCUGUGGUCUACCCGGGUCUAAAUUCUCCUCCCAUGUUUCAGUCUGUGCAGAAUAACUGUACAGAACACAGCAGCAAUUACACCCAUCGCAAUCAGGAAAAUAAAUCACCAAAGCAAAGGCCGGCUACAAAUGCUUUAGACAAUCAGACUCAAAAUACCAGCACAAAUAAUAAUGAAGGCUUCCUUGGCGAGCUUGGGACCGAAGCACAUGAUGCUCAAAAGGAAGCUGAAAAGAAACAUUUCCUUGGUGGUACUCAGAAUGCAGAUAUAGCUUCAAGCAUGUGCUUCAGAAGCUUUGCUGAAAUGCCACCUCAAACUUCACUGCAACCCGAUGCAAAUUUUCCUAUUACUGGUUUCAGAAGACAACAUGGAAUCUGUUCGUCUUGGAAUUGCUCAGCAAUGGUUGAGAGUGCAGGUGCUUCAACAAAUUUUCUUCCGAAGAACAGCAACAGUAGACAAAGCAGUUUCAGUGCCAACAAAGCCCAACCUCCAUAUAAUGCUGGUGUAAAAAAUUCUAGCCGACCAGACACUCCUGACUCUACAGGGGAGGUGAGCUCAGAAUCUAAACAAAGUAGAAACUGUGAUAGUCCUAAGCCUUCCUCUCUGUCUAGGCGACUGUCACUGUCAAGUAAUGCCAGCAGCAGGCGUGCCCCCACUGACCUGCAAAUAUAGAGUGAGUUAACCUGUGAAUCACAGUAGUCAAUGCCAGGAUAAUUACUGAACUUUGCAACAUAAGCAAGACCUCGGUGUAAGAGUAGCUAAAUCGUUCAACUUUAACCAGCUGUUUCACAUAGAUAGAAAAGUUGUGUAGCCCUUUGAAUAUUAGCUAAGUAACUUUUAAACAGUCUCUUUACUUCCUUUGUAAUGAAAGGGUGGCUUAGACCUCAGUGUGUAACUUCUACACUACCUGUCCAGCUAAAAAGGAAAACAUACAGUGUAUAACUCCACGUAUUAGGAAAAGUCAGGCAUAAAACCACAACUAAUACUAUUUAGACAGAAUAAAAGUAGAAGACAAACUUUACAGUCUAACAAUAUAUUUUAUGAAGACCAGUAAAUGAAAUUAGGCUAAAGAUGGCACUGGCUCUCUCUGGAGAAAUUAAUUAUAGGUAAACAUGUUCCUGCUUAACCUCUCUGAGAAUUCAAAUAGACAUUUGACAGCUGUCUGAAAGGAGAAUGUCAAACAUAUUCCGUUGUUUGAACUGUGUUAAAUAUAAAAAGAACAAAACAUUUGAUACAUGAAUCACUAAUUCUUUGACUCCAAGGUACGCUUUUUUCAGUGUAUCACCACUGACUUCCUCAGCAGAAAAAUCAGAGUGAAUCUCUCAUAGUAUACUAUUACUGUUAGAUAAACUAUUACAUUUCUAAAGCAUCAUGAAUUACAAAUGAGUUGUAAGCUUUAAUACUGUGAUUUUGCAUAAAACUAAAAAGAUAGCAAUUAUUUUUUUUUCAGGAGACAAGUUACUGAAAGUUAUUAAUCAGAAAUUUUGGAUUUCACAAACCAGAGGCCUUACUACGGUAAAAAAAAGGAAAGAAAAAAAAAAGAAGAAAAUGUUGGUACCUUCCUACUUUCAGUUACAAUGUCGAAAAACAUAAAAGGUUUAUCAAACUGAAAGACUACUCCUUUUCUGGAUGCUACGGGGUCUGUCUGUCCCCUGAAUUCUGGCAAACUUUUAAUUCAAAG